AUGUCGACCAUCCAAUAUCAACAGCCUCUCUACCGAAUCUUUGAAGCUCCCGCCGAUUCCAAAAGACCUACCAUCGUCGACGACAGGGUUGGAUCACCAAGCACAGUCGCCCUCAGAUACGAAGAAGAACAACUACGACUGAACGGAGGAGAUCAUCGAAGCGAUUCCCCAACCAAUCUCUUGCCAAUGGCGGCCUACAAGACCCAGCCUGCCCAGUUGCAUGGCUUUCCUGAUGCUUCGUAUCCAUCGUUCAACACUCAGCCAUUCCAGACGCAGCAGCCAGAAAACGGGACGUCGCAACUAGGGGACAUUGCGUACAAUGGAGGAGCACCGACGAACCAGUAUAUGAGUCCUACUAGCUCGCCAUCCACGUCCCCGGUGAACAUCAUUUCUUGCGGGCCUACUGCAGGCACAGCAGGCACUCGAGUUGAACUCAAAGUGGACAGCCAGUACGAUCUGAUGGCCAUGUCCACACCAGCUCCUUACGUUUGGCUGUCUUUUGGUUCUCACAAAUGCCACGCCAAUGUUGUCAAAGAGGCAGUUUCUCAAGGCGGCCUCACGUACCUUGUCUCGGCUGAGGCUCCCCAGUUUAUUGUGACAAACUGUGCUUCACCUGCAGAUGUUCCCUUGACAGUUGUCAUCGAGAAUACCACAGGCGAAGAACUGGCACGCGUGCCUGUUGCCCGCUCAUUUACUUACCAUGACGUUCCCAGCCAAGUAGGAACAUCUGCACCUGCACAUUCCAUGGAAGGCACAACGGCUGACUCUGGCGUACCAUCCGCCCCUGACGGCAUGACACGAAAGUCAUCACCCCAGUCACCUGGCCAUGUCGACGGACACUCUGAGAGCCCACCACAACUGACUAUGGACACCGCGACAACGAACAGCCCCAGCCAAGCACAGAACCAGCUGCCAGUCGACUCCAAUACAAAUACGUUCUCAUACCCCACCAGUGGAGUCGACACAUCUGCUGCCGCAGUCGCCGCCGCACAACAGGCACAACAAGUCCAGAACAACUUCGUCGCAGCUGCUGCUGCCGCCGCAUCUUCUUACAACCAGGAUAACAGCAACAUGCUUGGUGGAUACCGGAGUGCGUCCUUUUCGGACGUAUUCCCCCGUGGUACAGCACCCCAGCCUGUGCGUGCUACUGGUGGUGCCACAGCCUGGACGACGCCUGCAUACGGGGGCUUGAAUCAUCAUCAGCCUAGCCAUCACACUCACAGCUCCCAUGAUCGGUACAAUAUGGGCCGCAGCCACUCGAUGGCCCAUGUUCACGGUGCACGGCAGCCACUGUCCGCCCCUCUCCCCGCACCCGCCCACGGAGGUGCCCCGCAGCUGAUCCGCACAAGCACCAUUCAGUCCACUCCUUCCGGGUCGGUUGGCGGCCUGGGAACAGGCGGCACGUAUGGCGGAGGCCACUGGGGUGGCUACCCUGCGAAGGCUGUUCUCUCCAUUAUGGGUAACCUGGAUUCGAUGGCGCAGGACUGGACACCUGAAGAAUGGAGCAACCAGCGCCGUAUUGUCCUUUUCCGCAAGAAGCAGAACGGCUGCCACCUGGAAGCAACAUUCCGCCCGGUCCCCAUUAAUGAACGGCCGCCUAGCAGUAUUUGCAUCAGCUGCAUCUACUGGGCAGAGAAGCAGGAGUGCUUUGUCACCUCCGUGGACACAAUCAACCUUCUGGAGCAGCUUGUGGCCGCGCCUGCCCGCUUCUCAGUCGAAGAGAAGAACCGCAUUCGUCGCAACCUUGAGGGGUUCAAGCCCUUCACUGUCAGCAAGGCCAAGGCCGAGAGCGAGGAGUUUUUUAAGCUGAUUAUGGCCUUUGGUGCACCGAAGCCCCGGACCAUCGAGAAAGACGUGAAGGUAUUCCCUUGGAAAAUCCUUGGCCAGGCUCUGAAAAAGAUCAUCUCCAAGUACAGCGCCAGCCCGUCGUCUGUCCUGCCGCCCGCGUCGUCAGGCACUUCAGGACAAGGCCACCACAUGUUGACUCCUGUCACGAUGAGCCCGUCUUACCCGGUGCUGCCCCCAACACCUGGCUCACUCUCUGCCGCAACAGAUGGCACGUCUGCUGUUGGCUAUGUCAACAUAGUGAACGGAACAAACGGCGCGGACUCACUUGCCAGCCCUCGGUCACUGUCUGGUGCGUCUUGGGUAUCCUAUGCCGGAAAUGCGUCAUCGGGACGUGCUUUGUCUCCUGGCUCCACAGCAGCGAAGCAACAAUCGCCCACUUCCGCCAACAUCCGCCUGGGCCUUCCUAGUGCAUAUGACGCUCGACACAGCGCCGGGGGCAGUACUUCGUCUGCACACUCAUAUGGGAACAGCCAGCAACACCAGGCGCAGAGCUUCAACUCGCCAUUGUCUCUUCCAGCAGCCCCAGGUGCUACUGUACCAAGGGCUCCAGUUGCUACAGCGGGUGCUCUCUCUCAUGGCCACCGCUGGGAUGGCUACGGAAUGCCGGGAAACAGCGCAUCACCGACAUACGGCACGAGCCACCACCAGCCGCAGCAUCAGCAGGGUCACAACGGUCAUCUGUACAGCACCGGAUACGGUGAUAAUGUGCAGCGUUCCUAG